AUGUAUCAACGACGCUUUGACGACAGCAAGAUGCCACUGCCCCUCAUCAAAACGUAUAUUCGUGCUCUUCUUACGGGGCUUGAUUAUCUGCAUAAAGUGUGCAGGACAGUUCAUACAGAUCUAAAGCUUGAGAACAUCAUGGUCUCAUUUGAAGAUCCAACCGUGCUUGCUGAUUUCAUGGAUUCUCAACUUGCAAAACCGAUGCCUUUCAAGAUGGAUUCGGCAGGACGACCAGUGUAUCUAGCCCGUAAUGACUUCGGCCCACUCAAAAGCCUGAGAAGUAUACCACAGCUUGUCGACUUUGGCUUGGCAACCAGAAUCAGGGAAGACGACGACUGGGGUGUUUGGCCUAUUCAGCCAGACCAUUAUCGGGCACCAGAGGUGAUACUGGGUAAUGGAUGGCAAAUGCCUACAGAUAUUUGGAAUCUUGGUGUUCUGUUGUGGGAUAUGAUCGAAGGCAAAGAGCUAUUUCGGCAUAUUCACGAUCAAGAAGGUCGCUACGAUGCUAAACUACACAUCGCCGAAAUGAUAGCAUUACUCGGUCCACCUCCUCCGGAAAUCAUACAAAGGUCUCAAUUUUUGCGAGAGUACCCGUGGCCGACACCUGUCAGACGAGAAGACGGCAGAGUAUGCGAGACAGCGGAAGAGUACUUCUGUGGACCAUUCUUUGACGAAAAAGGUAUUACUGGGCUUCCUAUCUUGAUCGAAUUAUUCCUUUACUCACGGAACACCUUAGGGCACUUCCUCUACGAAGACCUGAUCCCCGACCGCAGACUGGGCGACACGGCUUCAUUCCUAAGAGGAGAAGAGAAGGAAGCGUUUUUGGACCUUGCCAAGGGAAUGCUUGCCUGGCGCCCAGAUAUGAGAAAAACGGCAGGCGAACUUGUUGAGCAUCCUUUUCUUCAACCAAAGCAAACAAGUGGCUGA